AUGGAAACAAUUACACACAAUGGAAAUUACAAAUGGAUCGACUUGCUACCGCAUCGGAAUACAACGCACGAAAGCAUCGAACUAUCCGGUAUGCGGCCCAUCGAUGUGACUCCUACGAUCGCCGACAAAUUCUUAAACACGGUGUACAGUAGCGUAAAGGUCGCAUUCCCGCGAUUCAAUGUGGGUGACUUGCUACGUAUGAGCAAAUUCAAAACGAUCUUUGAGAAAGGUUACACACCAAAUUGGACCAUGGAGGUGUUUAGAAUCAAGGUACAGAAAAUUAAUUCUGUGACGUAUCUUCUGGAAAAUUAUCCCGGAAAACCAGUCGCUAGAGGAUUCUCUGAAUAUGAGCUGCAUCGCGUCGCUAAUCCCAACAUAUAUCUAGUUGAAAAGGUGUUGCGUAAAAAAGAAGACAAAGUUUACGUGAAAUGGCUUGAAUUUAAUAAUUCACACAACUCUUGGAUACACAAGGAUAAUGUGUUAUAA